CUCCUUCCCCUCUCCCCUCCGAAUCUCUCUCUCUCUCUCUCUCUCUCUCAAAUCAAACCAGUCACCAUUCCCACCCCCAUCUUCUCUCCUUCCCAUAUUCACAGAGGAAGACCAAUCUACAUACAUAUAUCCACACACACACACACACACACAUAUAUCACCAUUGAUUCACCAAAAUGGAUGGACCCAGAUUUGUGAUUGAAGCAUCAGAGGCCUCAUCAAUGGCGACUAACUCAGGCCUCUCUCUCCUCCAACUCCUCCCUACCCUCGUCAAAUCAGCUCAAACCCUAGCUCGCCCUCCUAUCUCCAACUACCACGUCGGCGCCGUCGGAUUAGGAUCCGACGGUCGGAUCUUCGUCGGCGUCAACCUUGAGUUCCCUGGUCUCCCCCUCCACCACUCCGUCCACGCCGAGCAAUUUCUGGUCACCAACCUCGUCGUACACGGCAGCCCCCGCCUACUCGCCCUCGCCGUCUCCGCCGCCCCCUGCGGCCAUUGCCGCCAGUUCCUGCAGGAGCUCCGCCACGCCUCCGACCUCCAAAUCUUCAUCACAUCCGACGAACAAGGACAACACAAACCCUCCAAUUUCAAACCCUUGUCUUCAUUCUUAUCUAACCCAUUUGGCCCUUUUGAUCUUCUCGAUAACCAAACGCCUCUCAUUCUCGAGCCUCAUGACAAUGGAUUGUCGAUUUCGAAUCCCAAAAACUCCAAUUGUUCCAAUUUAUGCAACGGAAAUCGUGAAUCUUGUACCCAAAAUGGGUUUCAAUUGGGAGAACUGGAAGUUGAGGCUUUGCGAGCUGCGAAUAAUUCUCAUGCUCCGUACAGUGGGUGCCCAUCUGGGGUGGCACUGAUGGACUGUAAAGGGAAGAUUUACAGAGGGUCUUAUAUGGAGUCGGCGGCGUAUAAUCCGAGUUUGGGGCCGGUUCAGGCGGCGGUGGUGGCUUAUGUGGCGGAGGGAGGUGGUGGUGGGUAUGAUAGGAUUGUGGGGGGAGUGUUGGUGGAGAGACAAGGGGCCACGGUGAUGCAAGAGCACACUGCAAGGCUGUUUUUGAAGCUGAUUUCGCCUAAAUGCGAGUUUCUGGUGGUUCAUUGUGUUUCGGAUUCAAAUGGGUGAAGGAAUUCUUCAAAUGGAUGUGAGUAGAAACAGAAACAGAACCAUUUGUGUUUUUGGAAUUGUUUUGGCAAAUUGUUCAUGUUGUGAUAUAAUGAUUGAAUUCAAUGAAUAAAUGAGUGAUGUUGUCUCUAAAUUUAGAAGGCCUUGAUCAAAUAAAUGGAUGUGAGUAAAACAAGAACCAUUUGUUGUUGAAUUGCUUUGGCAAAUUGAUCAUAUGGUGAUAUAUAAAGACUGAUGUGAAUGAUUGAGUUCAA